AUGGAUAAGACGGAGAUUGGGCGGGCCCUGGACCUGGGCUGCCAGAACGGCGACGUCGCCCAGUGGCUGUACCUCCUCAAUGUGACGCACAGCAACCUGGGAGGGGCCGGCCCGGACACCACGCCGCCAGAGACGCUGCGCUUCGAGUCGGCGCUGGGCGGCGAGGGGCGCGGCGGGGACUGCGUGGCGCUGGAGGUGUCCACCGCGAGAGGGGCCGAGUACGAACCCGAGAGCGCGCAGCUCAACGGGGCCGGCCGCGGCGCCUCGGCGCUGCGGUCCGACGCCAAGCCGGGGCAGGUGAGCGUGCGGGCCGGCACGCGGGCGAGCCUGGUGUUCAGGUUCUUCCGCUGCGGCAGCUCCAGCCCGGCGGCGCUGCCCAGGUUCAACCUGACCUUCUACAGCCCGUACGGGCCCACGGAGCAGAAGGUCACGGCCAGCGCCUACGCCCAGAGCUCCCUCAGGGACUCGCGGGUCUUCGCCAAGUCGUACUCGGACGAGGGCACGACCUUCCGGUCGCAGGGCAAGUGCACGGGGCGUGCCGACAGCGAGGAGUGCUCCUUCACGCUCCACUACACGGGGACCCACGAGUUCCCCGUGAUCUUGGAGGCCGGCGACAGCCCUGGCGGUGGCGAGCUCGUGGAGCCGCUGCGGUUCUCGGGGGCGGCGUGCGGCCCGGCGCCGCGCGGCGGCUCGGAGGCCUCCGCCUGCUCGCCCGCAGUGUGCGGCACAGGCUUUGAAUUGCUGCCGGAGCAGCUGCUCCCCGCCGCCUGCGAGCAGGAGGCCUGCUCGGAGGAGGAGUGCUGCCGCGUCGCGGAGGACCCCGUCCGCGGCGACGAGCCCCCUGGCGGAGCCGACGAGUCCGCGGCGGUGGCUGUGGCGGUGGCAUCCACGCAGUGCUCGGGCAGGGAGCAGACGUGGCGCGAGUGCCCGGGUCUGCCCGUGUGCGAGGUCUGUCGGCCAACGAACUGCGAGUUCGAGGACUGGGGCGACUGGUCCGCAGUGGGCGGCUGCUCGGGGCUCUGCAAGCGGUCCAGGGGGCACACGAAGAACAAUGAGUGCGGGAAGCCGUGCUCAGGGCCCUCCACGGAGACCGUGGCGCGCCACGACGACCCGCUGUGCUUCCCCGAGAAGUGCAGCAACACGUCGCAGGACUGCCGCUGGAGCGAGUGGUCGGAGUGGAGCGCGUGCGCCAAGGAGUGCUCCACCUGCCGGCUCAAGCAGGCCCAGCGGUCCCGCAGGAUCGACACGCCGCGCAGGGCUGGCGGGCGGGACUGCGAGGGCGUCUGGAACCAGACGAAGCCGUGUCAGGCCAGCAGCGACGAGGACUGCAAGCUCUCCAGCUGGGGCGAGUGGACGCAGUGCAGCAAAUCCUGCGGCACGGGCUGGCACUCGCGGAUGAGGCGCGUGGUGCAGGAGGCCAGGUACGGCGGCAAGGCCUGCUCGGGGCCGAAGGACCGGGGCGGGCUGCGAGGCGAGCCCCAGGAUGCCAGCCGCGCCGACGGCGAGCGCGACCUCGAGGCUGGUCUGCCGUGGGGCUGGAGCUGCUGGGCGCCGGGCCGGCUGGAAGCCUCCGCCUCUCCUCGGAGUCACCGGUGGCCCUCCGCCGGAGGAGGCCUCCCGGUGCGGGCCACCCCACCCAGGCAUACUGGUCUUCCCCAGGCAGUGCCUGUGCGUCGGGGUUCCCAUUUCGCCUCCGAGGUGCUGGGCCCGCACGAGGUGCAGGACCUGGGCCGCUCCCCCUGCGUGGUGGACGCGGCGCCUGGCGGCGGCCCGGCGCCCGGCGUGCGGGAGGCCGCCUCCCUGGAGCCGCAACUGCUGGAGGUUAACCUGCCGCGCAGCGCGGAGCCGGGCGCCAUGACCGUCGCGGAGGGCCCACACGGCGCCGUGGAGGUGCAGCUGCCGGCCGACCACAGGCCCGGGGAGCGGGCGCGGCUGCGGCUCGCGGCGCCCCCCGAGAUGCGCGUCCAGGUGCCCGAGGGCGGCAAGCCGGGCGACGCGCUGCAGAUCGUCAGGGUCGACCGGGUCAGGACCGAUCUCAGCCUGCGUGCCCCAGGGCGUGAAGGGCGGGGGCUUCUUCGAGCUGUCCGCCCCGGCGUUUCUGGUCGCCGUCCCAGAGGGAGCGCGGCCGGGCGACGCGGUGGCCUUCCGCGAGCCCGCGCCGGCGGGCGGGCGCCGGUGGCUGCGGGCGCGGUGCCCGAAGGAGGUUGCUGUACGGCAGGUAUUUCGCCGCGACGGUGCCAGAGUGACAUCAGGCUCGGAGGGAGAUGGCUUGAUAGUGACAGCUGUCCAGCCCAAAGCUGGCGUCCUCUGCAACCCGAAAUCCACCGCCGUCCAAGGUGUUCAAAAGGUUCACCUUGCUUUCGUGUUUUUUUGUUAGUUGUCCAUGCGGGGGAUUUGUCCCCGCUCUUGGCGUCGCGCUUCCUGAAGAGUGCCGUUGUGUUGAUGGUCUACCCUAUAGUGUCUGCGACCUCUCUGUUCCUCUCUCUCAAUGUCUCUCUUCCCGUCCAUAUGGCCCGCCUUUUGUCGCACUGCCUAUCGCUACUCGACUUCCAGCUGAAUGACCUCAACACCCUUCAGAAGUGGAGCCAUGUUUUACUUUUUUGGGUAUCGUGCCGGCACCUCUCAAACAGCGAGUUGCCGAGUAGUUCAGCGGAGCCGCAGAUGCGGUAG